AUGUCCGCAGUGCACCAAGAAAACGAGCCUGCUGCGCUCUGUCUACACGCCGAACUUCUUCCUAACAUCCGCCACAUUACUCUCUACGUAUCACUUCCGGAGGCGAUGCGAUCGCAAAAUGUUCGACCAGAAAUCUGUCUAUCCGAUUCGCGUCGUGCCAUAACAGUAUCUCUCCCAUCGCCACACGAAGAUGCCACAGACACGAUCAAAUUACCAGCUCGUGUUAAUGAAGCGUCUCGGCUGGCCUUGAGCGUGGCUGGACAGCGAGCUAAGGAUCCGCGGGACCGCGGGCUUGGUCAGCAGGAAUACUCGUUUAGAAUGCAGAUCGAUGACGAAGAUAAUUCGUUGCUCUCGAGAGAAGAACAUAUGGAUAGCUUUGUGCCGUGGACCGCGAUCGACAUGACCUCCUGUACUAGGCUUUGUUGUCGCCAUUGUAAGAAUAUUCUUCUCGAUUCGCAUGUGUCGCGUGGCUCCUGUGCUGAAGAGAAGGAUAUGCAGGGGUGGAUGUGGAAGGAUUUGCCUAGUGGGAAUUGGGCUGAGAUGAUGGAUUUCUGGCACUGUCACAAGCCGGAUCCUCAUGAGGGUCAUGAUCAUGGUCACGAGCAUGUUAAUGGUGCUACAGCUGAAGACCAGAAUGCUACAGUUAAGGGUUACGGUGCUGCGAAUCAGGUUGUCGCAACUGCAGGGACUGUUCUUGUGGACGUCGCGACUUUUCUGCUCACGGACUCCGACUGUAGAGGCUUGAAACAGGUAAGCAUGAAUACCUCUUCCGGGUGA